UUUAAAUCUAAAUUACAUAUGGAUCCAGAAGAAUGGACAGAAUAGCUGCUCAGUAAGGUUCAGCCAGUGUGCUGGUUUGAGAACUAAGCUGUGACAAAAUGCAAUGAAAGUACCUUCUUUAGGUUCACCAUUUUCCCCAUGGACAGGAUCGAUGCCAACAACAUGUUGGGACUAUCGACGGACGAAGAGGAAGAACUAAUAAUUACGCUACUGCCUCUCUGGCAGAGCCUGUUCUGGACAACGUGCUCACGCUGUGAGGACAGCUUUUCAGAAGCUCACUAUCGUUGCCCCUGCUGUACACAAAGAGAUAUAAUCUCAGUGUUACAAAGCGAGAGCUACAAGCUCACACGGUCUGUCAGAGCAGUCCUGGCAGUUAUUUAGGUCCUGCUCUUUGCCUGUGAUUUCUCUUACCGCUGGCUUUAUAUACAAACUUUAAAAGGCUCAUGUGGCAUUGGGACAGGAAGUAGGGAUCAGGUUGGACUGAUUGUAGAUGGAAGUUCAUGUGAUGAACGUCUUCACGAUGUCAGGCACUUCUGCAAGCCCCACCCAGGAGGAGGAAAGAGGAUGUGGAUUGCCUUCACUCUAAGGUUGAGAACUACGCCAUCCCACACUUCCUGGAGGUCUGUGUCACUUGCAGACAAGCCUGUUCCUGAUCAGAGCAGCACUGCUGGGGCCAGCAGGCCGACUUGGGCACAGGACCAUGUCCGUGGUGCUUCCCUCCCUGCUCUGUCUUGGGUUGUAUCUAGGCCAGAACACUCAGGCACAGAACAGAAAUCUCUCCCCACCUCAUAUCACAGCUCUGCCUGGAUCCACGGUUGGAUCUAAGAAUCCUGUGACCAUCCUGUGCCAAGGGCCUGCAGAUGCUGAAGAAUAUGUGAUAUCUAAAGUGGGAAUCCCUGAGCCCUCAGAGAGAGAGAAACAACUGCUGUCUAAGACGAUCAACAGUUUCAGGAUCGCAGAGAUGUCAGCAGACAGGACAGGGCUGUACCACUGUUCCUAUCAGAGUGGAGGCAGCUGGUCCCAGUUCAGUGAGCCCCUGCAGCUGGUGAUGACCGGUGCUUUUGAGAAACCGUCCCUCUCAAGCAUGACUGGAACUGUAGUGGCUUCCGGGGAGAAUGUGAAGUUACAAUGUUUCUCAACACUCAAGUUUGAAGCAUUUAUUCUUAGCAAAGAAGAUGGAGAUCGCAUCAUCCAGAACCAAUUCGUCAGCCACCAGGGUGGUAAUCACGAGGCUGUCUUCCUUUUGAAUCAAGUCUCCUCCACACAAACUGGGACCUACAGAUGCUACGGACUCUUUGAACAAACUCCUGACCAUCGAGACCCUAUGAAUCCCCAACAUUCAACUGAAUUCCCUGUCGGGAUCACCACCACAGUCUCAAUGACAGGAGGAACAAAAGAACCUGCUGCCUGGCAUCUUUCUGCAGAGAAUCAAGUCCGGCUGAACAUGGCUGGCCUGAUUCUCUUGGUCCUGGGGGUGCUCUUGGCUGAGGCCUGGUACAGCUGGAAGAUGCCCUUAAGUGGACACAGAAAAGCCCACACCUGAGUGUAAUGACAGCACCGAUGUCCUUCUAUUGACAUCUAAUGACUGUGUGGACCCUGGGGGAGCAGCCAGAGGAGAUAGUGCCCUGGCCAUGUCAUCUACUGAGAUAAUGAAGAAGAUUCGUUUCCUGUUGAAGCUGUAACAACCUACCCCAGACACUUCGGUUUAAAGCAACACCAAUUCAUUCUCUUUUCGUUCUAGAGAGCAGGAGUCUAAAAGGUGUCCGCAGGCCUGCGUUCCUCUUUUAGGUUGUGGUCUGUGUUCCUGCCUUUUCCAGUUUCUGGACUCUGCCUGCAUUCCUUGCCUUCUGUAUCCCUCCUCCAACUCCAAAUCCACCAGUGUAGCAUCUUCUCUCCUCUCUGACCUCUGCUUCCUUCCCGCCUUCUUCUCUCUCUUGCUCCCACCCUCCUGCUUCCCUCUUAUAAGGACCCUUGUGGUGACAUUGGGCCUAAGAAGAUAAUCCAGGAUAAUCUCUCAGUUUCCAGAGUCUCGUCUUCCUCACAUCACAAUGUCCCUUAGCCGUGUCAGGUCCCACUCACAAUUCUGGGAAUUAGACGAGCACAACUUGAGGGGGACCAU